GAAGGAGAGAGGAGGGAGCCAAAGGCGGGCCGGGCAAGGGAAAAGCAGAGGAGGCGGCAGUGGUAAGAGGGGAACACACCGGGAACCUUUCCCGGCUGGGAGGGAGACGAGGCCCGGCCUGGCCCGGCCCGGCUCGGCUCGGCUCGGCUCGGCUCACCUGCCCAGCGCAGAGCAUCCCGCAGAAGGUGACGGAAGGAGAGCGAUGUCCGGCCUGGUGGGCCUGGGGCUCCUGCUGGCCCUGAGCGGGGCGGGCCGGGCCACGGGCCCCGCCGAGCCCCCGGCCGGACCGUCCUGCCUGGCCCGCUUCACGGCCGGUGUCCCGGCCUUCGUGCUGGACCGCGACGCCUCCAUCCGUCACGGGGCCACCUUCCUGGGGUCCCCUCCGUCGUCGCGCAGGAGCCGGGAUUGCAUGCGGGCCUGCUGCGCCCUGCCCAGCUGCAACCUGGCCCUGGUGGAGCUGCCCCCCGAGACCGGAGGCCCACCAGGAGGAGGAGAAGACCAGCCCGUGACGGCCUGCUACCUCCUCGACUGCCUCUACGAGCAGGCCUUCGUCUGCAAGUUCUCCCGCAAGCAAGGCUUCCUCAACUACCUGACCCGAGACGUCUAUCACGCCUACCGCGACCUGCAGAAGCACGGCUUCGGCGGGGGAUCCCUGAUCCCCCGAACCUGGGCAGGCACCGACAUGAAAGUCCAGGCCCAGGAGCCGCUGGUCCUCCGCGGCACGGGUGACACCGAGUGGCACCUCCGGCAGGGCGAUGCCUCCGUGAGAGUGGAGAAAAAGGAGCCGGACCAGCUGGAGAUAUGGGGGCUGAAGGAGGGCACCUACGUGUUCCAGCUGACGGCCACCGACCCAGACGGGCGGGGAGACACGGACAACGUCACCAUCACCGUGCUGACCAGCGAGCAGACCGCAGAAUACUGUCUGGUCCCCAAAAAGGUGGGACGCUGCCGGGGCUCCUUCCCUCGCUGGUACUACAAUUCCACGGAGCAGCAGUGCCAGGCGUUUGUCUACGGCGGUUGCUUGGGAAACAAGAACAACUACCUGCGGGAGGAAGAGUGCAAGUUGGCCUGCAAAGAUGUCCAAGGCGCCGUGGUGGAAAGUCGUCAAAAUCCAGACCCCCCACGCCAUACAUGCUCCGAGGUCUGCCGGGCCUCCCAGUUCCGCUGCCGUAACGGCUGCUGCAUUGACGCCUACCUGGAGUGCGACGAGACGUCCGACUGCUCCGACAACUCCGACGAGACGGCCUGCGACCAGUACAUCAGUGGCUUUGAUGAGCUGAAGCAGGCCGACUUUCCCAGCGAGAAGGGCUACUGUGUGGACCCCCCCGACUCGGGCCUGUGCGAAGAGAGUCAGCUGCGCUGGUACUACAACCCGUUCACAGAGCGCUGCUCCCGCUUCACCUACAGCGGCUGCCAUGGCAACAAGAACAACUUCGCGGGGGAGCAGGAGUGUCUCCAGGCCUGCGAGGGCGUGUCCAAGAAAGAUGUGUUUGGCCUGAGGCGGGAGACUCUGACUGCUGGCUCAGCCUCGGUGGAGGUGGCGGUGGCCGUGUUCCUGGCCACCUGCAUCGUGGUGGUGCUGGCCCUCCUCGGCUACUGCUUCUUCAAGAAACGUCGCAAAGGGAGCAGCCGCCACCGCCCCCCGCCCCCGCCGACGGGGGCCAGCUCCACCGUCUCCACGGCCGAGGACACCGAGCACUUGGUCUACAAUCACACCACCAAGCCCCUCUGAGCCGGGGGCUCCGGUCAGCUCUUCCCCGGCCCCCUCCCGCUCCGCCAGACCCCCUCCCUCCCUCCAGCUGGCGGGCAUCCCUGCCGGACCCGGGCA